AUGUUGCUUCAAAAUAAUCCAGUUUGUGAAACAAAAGGAGAAAGUAGUCACGAAAAGGAUAACCAAUUCGAGCUAUUGCCUCAUAGUUAUUGGCCGAGUGGGGUUAUUCACUCGCCUAAUCCUGACCAAUAUAACUGUAUAUGGAAGAUUUCCUACCAGCACGGGCCAAUGGCUCUAAUUAUUAACAAGUUCGCAGGAGACGAUGAUGCUUCUAUUAUCGUUAGAGAAAGAGAUUCAUUUCACUACCAAGUCUCCGGUCUACAAUUAAAAUCCAAUCAUCGAAGCGAAUUUGUAAAUUGGGCUGUUCCAUUAACUCCAAGAAAAACUAGCGGUGAAAUUGAAAUAUUAUAUCCUACAAACGUGUAUUCUCCAUUGGCGCAUUUUGAAAUGCAAUUUGGGCCCGUUUUUGAACAACAAUGUAGUAAUGGAUUAGUCAUACGAUCUGCAUCUGGUCGCUUCCGGAAAGCACCAUCGAAUAAUCACGAUCUGGAAUUUUGUUUGUGGAAAUUUCAGUCUGUACCGGGAUCUGCAUUGGUUUUUGUAUUCAAUACGUCUUACUUUAAAAUGUGCGAUGGUAACAUUAUUACUUAUGGAACAGGCUUAGUGCCAGGAAAAAAUCAAGUUGGACGAUUACGAACAGCUGAAAAAAUUGUCAAUAAUAUUACUUUGCUAUCAUCGACAGCUUGGUUUAUGAUAUUACCAGCAUACCGUGAUAGAACAGUUCGAAAUUCAUAUUUUGAAAUAUCGUGGUACUCUGCUCCAAUAUCUGCUAUAACCUGGUUUGUUCGAUGCAAACGAUCAGGUUUUCGGCGAUCGCAACGAACUCGCCGAAGAACUAAUGGUAAUAGGCGUGAUACCAGAAGACGAGAAAGAAAUCAACCUCCACCAAAUUAUGACGACUAUAUAAAAUCACCAGAAUAUCGACAACCAAAUAAUCAAGCACAAGAAUCAAUUCGUCAACCACCGACUUAUAUUCAAGCUCUUGCAAUGUAUUCCAGAAAUAAAGAUGGUUCUGUCAUGCCGGAACGUGAACAAAUUGAAAGAGUUAGAACAGCUAUAGAAACGACAAUUUAA